AUGAAGCGAUGCAUCGUUCCUAGCAUCCUGCUGAUGCUUGCACUGCAUGCAGCGCUCCUUGUCGCCGGCGACGUGGGCGCCAUUCUCCUGCCGAGCCAAGGCAAAGAGGAAGCAGCAAUGGCGGGCAAGAAGAGGCCGUGGAAGUGUUGCGAUCAGGCGGUGUGCACCAAGUCCAUCCCGCCGUUCUGCCGCUGCAUGGACCAGGUCUUCGAGUGCCCCUCCACCUGCAAGGCCUGCGGGUCGUCCACGGGCGACCCGUCCCGCCGCGUCUGCGAAGACCAGUACGUCGGCGACCCCGGGCCCAUCUGCAGGCCCUGGGAGUGCUGCGACUCGCCUGUCUGCACCAAGUCCAACCCGCCGACGUGCCGCUGCGGGGAUGAGGUCGACAAGUGUGCUCCGACCUGCAAGACCUGCCUGUCGUCCAGGCCGCGCCCUUCCCGCCGCGUCUGCAUCGACAGCUACUUUGGACCCUUCCCGCCCGCAUGCACGCCCAAGGCUGUCGCCGCCGGCGGCAACUAGCAUGCCUGUUGAUCACGCGAUCAACGCCGUCGAGUGUCCUCUCCUGCCC